GACGUAGUCGCCUUCUUUCUCGUACUGGGAGCGGAGGACCUGGAGUUCCGCUGGUUUCAGCGGGCUGGACGGGUUAGCUUCGUCGGCAGGAUUCGCAGUGAGCAUACCUCUCAGCGUCGGCGGCAUCUGGAUGUGUUAGCGAGAUCAGUAAUAGCGGAAAGGAGACAUACAGGGAAGCGAGGAAUCAUGCGGGCGGCGAUGCUUGUCGUCACCCGCUGUGGCGGUGCGGGCGGUGGCGGUUGCUCCAACAACAAAUCAACAAUCAAUCAUCCAGUGACACAGUACUGAUUAACCACUCUAUCAACUACAUUGCUCACAACGAUAAACACAACCGCCAUCAUGCUUCUCGACGAAAAUCCCGCCGGGCUCAUCAACCACACCAUCGGCAACUUCAACAUCCACCCCGAUAAACAAGCCGUCACCCGCAUCAAUGACUCGCUCGCGGCCCUGCAGCAAUCGCGCGAACUGCGCACGCGCGAGGCUGAGUCCGCUCUACGCAAACUGUCGCGACAUCUGUCGGCGCUGAACGCUCAGCAUGAGGAGGCCGUGUCGGCGCACGACUCGGGCAAGCACGCCGCCGAGAUUGUCGAGUUGGACACGAAAAAGUUCCGGAUCGCCAAGGCGGCGACAGAGCUCGAAAUCGAGAGCGAGCGACUGGAGGGCGAGCUGGAGAUGCUUAAGGAGCGUCUGGCAGAUCUGGAGGCGCAGGGACUGGAGGGUGACGAGCCGACGCGCCGGGAGCGCGAGCUGGACGAUGCGACCUUGCUGCGAUUGAAAAUCUACCGAUCACUAGGGGUGGAUAUCGAGGCGGACGAGGCGGGAAACUUCAACAAGGCGGUGAUUCGCAACAGUCGCAAAGGCGACGUGCAUGUCGUGAAUAUCGACCCGAAGUUCUCGCGGUUUUUUUACUCAAACUACUUUUGGACGACGAUGCAGGGAUAACAGAUUGUUAUGGAUUUGGCGUUACGGGAUACCCAGGAAUAUAUAUACAUUUCAUUGAUACUCUUAC